AUGGACUCCAGGGCGGAGAAUCCCGAUCUGGGCAAACCGCAGUUUGAGUCGCACUCAUGGCUCGAGCCUAUUAUGAACGGCAGAUGGUUGACCAUUGCUUUGCAGAUCGUACUGGCCAUCAUGAUUGGCUCUUUGAUAAUAAAUCGCCGCAGAGACUACAGCAUCUUGAAGCGUGGAAACUCGUCCGAUGCGUAUGACAGCAGUGGCUCAGAGGACAAUUCGCUGUACGACCCGUCAUCCAGGGAGAUCACCACUAUCUUCGGGAUCACCAUCAACACCCCAGACUCGUCCCGAUGGGCGCAUCACAUCCACAGCCGGAUUCUACAAAAGUUUCCCUUCCUUGUCGAAAUGUUCUACUGGAUCGUCAACUAUUUGUUCUACUCCGUCACCAAAGCGACCUCCCAGUGGCUCUCCCCCGCCGAGAUCGGUGUUGUCCAGGUUGCUCAGGAUCAUGGCAUCAGCAUUUUGGAAUUCGAACACGAGUCGAUCGCACGCUAUUUCUUCCCGAUGCAGGAAGCCGACUUCCAAGCGUUUUUCCUCAAUAGCCACCAGUCGAUGAUGACCUUCUUCAACCGUAUCUAUUCUCUCGUGCAUAUCCCCGGCACUGUCCUGUUCCUGGGCUGGUACUACUAUGCAGCCGAGAACCACAACACCUUCGCCGUCGCCCGACGCACCAUGACCCUUGGCAACUUCGCGGCCUUCAUCAUCUUUUGCUUCUACCCCUGUAUGCCACCCCGGCUCCUGCCCGAGUCCUACGGCUUUUACGACACUGUGCGACAGGACAACGCCGAGAGCGUCUGGGUCGGCGGUGAAUCCGUCAACCAGUUUGCCGCUAUGCCGAGUCUGCAUUUCACCUACGCAUUCGUCAUCGGGUGUACCUUCCUGUACCACUCGGGGCUUCUGCAUCGCCUGCAGGGCCGGCCGGUGCGCAAGUCUGCUCUGACGCAGAUCUUCUUCGUCGUCAUGGCGUUUGUCUACCCCAUGCUCGUGCUCAGCGUGAUCAUUGCGACAGCAAACCACUACUGGCUCGACGCGGCAGUCGCGACUUUGACCGUAACUAUUUGCUUCUUGGGAAAUCGGGUUCUCCUGCUUCUGCUGCCCGUGGAGUAUUGCAUUUGCUGGGUACUGAGACUCGCCAAACCCAUCCCUACCACCGGUGAUUGCUAUGUGCGACAGUGGCGUCAACAACUGGGCAAUGUGCCCCUACUGGCAGAUCAUGACUCAGACCGCUUCUCCGACUCUGUUGUUUGA